AUGCUGGUGAUGCUGCUCAUGAUCCCCGGCUUCGACUGCGUCCUGGCCGGCAGGAACAUCACACCUGCUUGGCAAGACAUAUUCAUCAUCAGCUGGGUGGCCGCGCUGGUUUGGUCGAUGGAGUUCCUUAGCGCCCUCUCGUGCUUCGCCGUCUCCUUCGCCACUCAGUGCUGGUUCUUCUCCGACGAUGUGGUCGUGCAGGGGGCGCGCCGCGUGCCGCCCACCGCCGUGAAGAAAGGCCAUGCGUGGGGCAUGCGGUUCCACUCGGGGACGAUCGCCCUCGGCUCCUUCGUCAUGCCCUGGGCGCGCAUUGUGCGGAACUGCGUGCCCUCGCUUGCCUACUUCGACAACCAAGCGUACAUGGACGUGGCCCUGAACAGCAGCAGCUUCGUCGAUGCCGUGGUGAACACGGAGCUCGUCAUGGGACCCAGGAGCUGCUUGGGCCGUUGCAUGCCCGUGCAGCUCGGCGGGCUGGGGGCGAUCUCCGUGAUCGGAGCGAUCGCGACGUAUUUCCUCCUGGGGGACCUCUUCGAGCCGGACUUAUUGGUGCCCAUGGCGGCUGUCGCGAGCUUCCUCACGGCGUUUCCAUUCAUGGCGGUGUUGGACCAGGUGUCCGGUACCAUCAUCUUCUGUGGCCUCCUCGACAAGAGCGGCGCGCAUCUGCAGAACUUCCCCUGGAGAACGCAGGAGCUCCUGGCGCAGUAUGGCAUGUGA